GCGAAUAUUGCCGCGCGAAUGCUUUCCAAUUAGCUCCCGCCUUUUUCAACGGUCGCGUUUGGCUUGGAUAUAUGAUGUACCCAAGUAAAAAGAGCGACCUCUUCCUAUCCAGUAAUUGGCCAGAAAUCUUGAUUAUUGUCUAGUUCCUGGUCAGUUUAAACGACGCUUGCUUUUGUAACUGAACGGUAAAACUAGCCAGUUUUUUAGCAGUUUUUAAUUAAACUUCUUUUUCUUCAAAAAAUCUGUCAGUUUCCAUUUCUUCACUUUAUACUGUAAAAUAUUAUAUUUUAUUGUAAUAUAAAAAUAACAAAACUCAUGUUUUAGAAGAUAAAAUCUUGUCAAGCAUGUAAAUUCAUAUAUGUUGAUAUGGUAAGUUUAUUUUUAAUUACCAUUUUUUUCUUACCGAAUUUCUGGCCAAUAACUAGCCAAGAAAUAUUGGCCAGUAUUUUCCGAAUUUUUAUCGAGCGAAAUACUGCUCAACAUUUACUAAACAUUUUUUAUUGCCUAGUUCUAGUCAGUAAUUAGUGAGGAAAUACUGGUCAAUAUUUUCCGGUUCAGUUUCUGGAUAUUUAUUGCCUAAUAAAUCUUAACCAACAAAAACCGGCCAGUUUGUGAUUAGUGACCAGUUUUUCUUGGAGAUUUUUCUACUUGGAUACUCAUUCGAGCGAGAAACGAGACUAUUUAGCAUACGUCGCGCAUUGCCGCUUUGCUUGGAACGUAUUCCCGAUGUAAUAUGUGAUUAUCACAAUUAACCUUUAAUCACAAACGAAAUGAAUAAUUCACGUCAAGUGGGUAAUGUCGGACGAUUGAAUAUUGAAAUGAAACGCAGACUCGUGUUUAACAUUUAACAGGACAGAGGAUUUUGCAAGCACUUCGGCCCUACGUAAAUAGCAUUCUGGUUAAGAGCUCUCGCGUAUCGCGCUCGGGAAACUCGACUGGAAGUUAAACUAUUAUGCGUUAUCGAUAUGUUUUGUGCGUCAAGAAUUUCAUAGAUCGUCAACUGCAUCACGUGAGUUCCCAAUUUGUAUUGUCGCCAUGAAAAAACACAUAAAUUUUUGCAAUUUUCUCCGUCGCAAAUAAAAAUCGCGAUGCCGUGUAAUUCAAAAGCAAAUGUAACAUCACGUGUAUACAAAGUCGAAGCGAAGUGUAUUUUCAUUUCUUUUCAUGUUAUCUUACGCGAAAACAUAAUUCCAGCAGACUCUCUAUCUCUAGGAUUUCUCUAUUUUUACAUUUUCGUAUAUCUGCUUUGUCAAAUCUCUUCUCGAGAAUAACAGUAACGUUUAUCGCUCAGCUGGUACGGAAACAAUUAAGCGAAAUCAAAGGAACGAGCACGCUUGUUUGAUAUGCCAGAAAGAGAAAAAGGGGAAAGAAGCAGGGGGAGAAAGAGAGAAAGAGAGAGAAACGUUCCGCUCUAAAGAAUUAUAAUUACUUAAAAGGAUAAAUUAGAAAGAAGAUAGAUUAGCCGACCAACCAAUAGAUUGAGUACUCAAUGACUCCAUUUAUGCUCGCCGUUUGUAUGAACGCACAUUGAUGCUCGUUCGGACGAUGUACGCACUUCGCGUUUCGUUUGAACAUCCGUGUUUAUUUACCGAAUCCCGCAAGCGUAGUCAAAGCGCUGGUUUCCCGUUGUGUAUCUAUCGUUCUCGAUAGGGAACCCAAGGCGAGUUUACCUAAUUCCACUGUAAUUUAACCCGAUCUCCGCGAACCUCCUCGUUUCCGACAUGCCGUGCACACUGAACGCGGCAAAAAUCAUCGCGAAUUCGCAUGCACGCGUCCGCUCAUUCGACGGGUUCGUCGUAUUUCCCGUCCGACUACGCUUUUAUCGAAUCAGUAGUAAUAAAAUAGCGAAUCAAUAUCCAUAUUGCCGCUAUCGAGCGCGAACUUGCGAUUCUGACCGGCCGGGACGGAGGACGCGUCGGUUGAUCGUAACCAUUAAUCCAAGCCGAGACCUUGACACGUGCCCUUUCAUACUCAAGACACCGUGUCUGGAUAUAUUCCUAUUUCCUGCCGCGUGUGGAAAUCGCCGACAUUCCUUGUUCUCUCUCGUGAUCUAACGAAUUCCUUCGCGCACGAGAGGACUCGGGACGACCGAAACGAGCUAUUGUGAAACCAUGCUUCGUAACGACAACGAGGGCUGCCUUUGGUGAAAAUGCGAUAUCGUGUCAUCUGAGCGAGACAGGAGCGGAAAAAGCUGCACGAUGGUUGUGGGUAAAUGCAUGUGAACAUAAGCCAAUAGUAGUGUGCGUGAUCGUGUAUUGCCUGCUAGGCCCCUGUGGCCGUGGUGAAACGAAAAAGGACAAAAAGAUGGCGCAAAACGGCGGCUGUGCGGCAACGAAAGCCACCGUGGCUCGGCCCGAGGACGAAGAACAACAAAAGGAGCUAUAUCCCGACACAGUGGAAUGCAAGAACUUUACGGUGGAGGACUGCGACACGAAAGACGAGAAAACGGCGGCGACUGAAGGACGAGACGAGGAGAAUUAUUGUAGGAUGGAGAGCAAGUCAGACCGAGCGCAGAGACUACAAAUACAGACGCAGCCGCAAACACAGCAGACCGACAUGCAAACCGACAGAAAAAUCGAUGCGAGUCCGGACCACAUAUUGGAUUCUGCAUUCAGCAGCCAGAGGGUAUACAAGAAGUCCUCGCCGAAUAAUAAGUUGACACUAUACUUAGCAAGCAGAGAUCUUAUUGUGAGCGAUUCCAAGAUCGACAAACUCCAGGGUGUCCUUUUGGUCGAUCCUGACUACUUACAGGAUAAAAAGGUGUACGGCCAAGUGACGCUAACUUUCCGCUACGGCAGAGAAGACGAGGAGGUAAUGGGCCUAAAAUUUUGCAACGAAGCGGUCAUGUGUCUAGCUCAACUGUAUCCACCUUAUUCGGGCGCCGAUUAUCAGGAGAACAUGACUCCGCUGCAGGAGGCACUUGUCAAGAGGCUAGGACCAAACGCCCACGCGUUUACCAUGGAAAUUACUCCGCUGGCUCCACCGUCCGUGCAACUGGUACCAGCUAAGGAAUACAACGGCGCACCUAUAGGCACCAGCUACGACGUUAGAGCUUACGUCGCGGAACGGGCGGACGAAAGAUUGCACCGUAAAACCACCGUCAGAAUGGGUAUCCGAGUAAUCCAGCGAACCACGAAACCGCCUUUACCCUCCACGACUAUGUACAGCGUGCCUCCCUUUCAAGUGCUAUCGAUUCCCUCGAGAAUUCAAGCAUGCAAAACGAAAGUGGAGUCCACCGAAAAUGAGAUCAUCGAAGAUAACGAGAACGUGGGACCACAUGCAGCGGUGGAAAAGCCAUUUUUACUAAGCGACGGUCGCGUCGGAUUAGAAGCGAAGCUAGAUCGCGCGAUCUACGCUCAUGGGGACUCAAUCACUGUCCACGUCUACGUCAGCAACAACAGCAGCAAGUCCGUAAGAAGGAUAAAGGUAUUUGUCGUACAGCACGUGGACGUUUGUAUGUUCAGCAACGGCAAAUUCAAAAAUGUUGUGGCCCUCGUGUCCUCACAAGAGGGCUGUCCCGUGGGACCGGGUGGUACUUUAAUAAAGAGCUACACUCUCAGGCCUAUUAAGGGUUCAACCAAGAACUGGAUUGCUUUGGAGGAUAGCUAUACGAAAACUGGAGCAACCCUGGCAUCAACAGUUAUCUGUCCCGGGAACGGACCCGAUGACAGGAAUGUCUUUGCAAUUUAUGUUUCUUAUUAUGUGAAGAUCAAACUGCUAAUCUCGGCAAUGGGCGGUGAGGUCUCUUUGAAGCUGCCGUUUACAUUAAUGCACAGUAAUACAGAUCCGGAUCUUAUGGGAUUUCCGUCUCCCAUUCGAGAGGCACCGAAACAAUUUGGCAAGAGCGCGGAUGAAAUUACAGAAAAGUCGAGCAAAUCGGAUGGCAAUAGUCAUAGAAAGAAGGAGAAUAAACUAGAAGCCAUCAAAGAACAAGAGAAGGAGUCACGAGUGACCGACGUAGACCUAAUAGAGCAUUGCGAGGAAAGCGACAGCACCUGAGAUCGGGCGCAACGAGGCGACGCGACGUCGCGGCCGUCUAUCAGAAAGAACAGCGAUACGAAGACCAUCAAGAACUCAAAUCACAAGGCUUGCAGACUCAGCGUCAGCAUCCAAAGAGCCUGGUGCUGUUUCAGAAGAGCCUCUUAGUAAACGCACGGAAAUCUCCUUCCCACCAGAUCAUGACGAUUCCUAGUAGCACAUGCUACCGCCGUCUCGUCAUAAUUCCUUCUAUUUUUUCAGAGGGAAAUAUAAAUACCUUGCGAAAGACGCACGGGAUAUGUAUAAGAAAUAAGAAAACAAACGGCGCAUAAUGCAACUUGUCAAUUCUCACCAGAACUGAUAGUCUUUUAUUGUAAAUAUAGAUCACACAUGUUUCAAAGAGAAUGGAAUGCAGAUUCUCAAAAAUUAUUGAAUUAUGUGAUCGGUCUUGCGUGCGCGCGCAGAAAACGAGCGAACAAACCCGUUGCGUUUUGCGUCGCAGAGAAAAUUUUACAAAAAUGAGACUGCAUGCAAUUGUAUAAUUGAUCGUAUUUCAUGAGGUAUCGAGCGUCGAAACGUUAUAUGCGUUAUACGCCCUUUUCUCUUUGUCGCGCUCGUUGUCGCGCAGAUCACAGCAGGAUUUGACUGCUCUCAACAAAAGAGAGAUAUUUAAAUGGGUGUCAUUGUUGUAAUUAAGUGUGUGUGAAGUUACAAACUGUUUGACGUAUCAUGUGGAAGUCGUAUCCAGCGUGGGAGGCAACAAAUUCAAUCGAAAAAUGAUUUAUCGCAGAUCUUCCGUUUAAAACUUUUACUACGCUAAUAAAGAGAGAGAAUCUCUCGAAAGGCAUAUAUUCCUGUAUAUCAUUUACAUCGCUGAAUUAAUGCUAUGGUGAUAUAUGUAAUAUAUUCUUAUAGUCUACAUUAUCGCUGAUUGUCUGAAGCUUUGUCAAUGUAAAUCGCUUGAAGUUUUCUUUGUGUUUAUAAAAUAUCUCCCUCUUCAUCUAAUAUAUGAGAAAUCUCCUACUGCCAUCCUAUCCAUUUAUCUUACUUGGUUACAUAGUAACCAGAUUCCGCGUCUACAUUAAUUUCGGGAACAUGUGAAGAAUGAGCGAAAUGCGCGCAUUCACACACACACACACACACACACACACGCGCGCGCGCGCGCGCGCGUAUUCUUAUCUAUAAACUAUAAAUUUAUCCAAAAACGUCUAUAUGAAAAAGUAAUACAUACCGAAUUAAAAAUAUCAAAUAUAUUUUUUCAAAGAAGUAGAUACCUAUUUUUUAUUGUGAUAUUCGAUAUAUAAAUUGUUCCACUAUUACUGGAUAAAAUCUUAUAAUAUAUUCCUUAAUAAUUAUAAAGUCGACUUUUAAUCGACAUUUUUAAUAAGAAGUUGUAAUUUCAAUCAACAUUCCAAUAAACAUUUUGCCAAUUAAGUUUUAAGUGAAAUAUUUUUGUGUUAAAAUAUAUUUUAUUAUAAACUUUGAAAUUCAGUUUUGCAUAUGUAACUGUUUUUAUAUACAAAACUUUACAGCUUUAUGUAUAAAAACUUUUAAAUUUUUAAAUUAGAUUGAAAAAUGUGUUAAAGGAUAUAUAUUUUUAUUAUUAAAUUUAAUAUUAAAAGAAUUUAUCUUUAAUAUUUUAUCCAGGGAUGAUGGAAUAUGUAAUUAUAUUCUUUUAUUUGCAAAGAAGUAUCUAUUGACUGACCAGUAAAAAAUAACCAACCAAGGUGCAAAUUAAUGGGAGAAAUAUACUGCGGUAACAAUUUUUAAAUAAAACAGUAUUAACACAUGUGUACUAAAUAUACCUCUAUUGCUUCUUCACUUGCAAUGAAAAUAUGUAAAGAUGUACAGAUUAUACCUUUAGCAUUGUAAAUAAUAAAGACAUAAAUAUGCAACAGUUUA